GAACUAAGACUAAUAAGACCAUGGCCUUCAAUUCUUCAUCCGUGUAAUAUCGUUUUAAAGGCGACAAGUGAUAUUCUAUUAUAUUUUUUCUAUUUGUCAAUUUUACUUAUAUUAUAUUAUUAUCACUAUUUAAUAUGUGAAUCUGCAUUUGGUGAUCGAGUUGUGCUCUGGUGGGGAACUCUUCGAUCGGAUUAUAACCAAAGGGAGCUAUUCAGAGCGUGAAGCAGCGAUGAUUACAAGGGAAAAUGUGAAUGUGGUUCAUGCGUGUCAUUUUAUGAGGAUUCAAUUCUAUCAAAAUUAACGAUCAGAAUACAUUCUGAGUAAAAGAGGCCAUGGCUCACAUGAUAUUCAGUUUCAUGGUGGAUGCAACUCUCUCCUGGGUUUUUUCACUCAUCAUAUAUGAAAUCAUUCUUGCUUGGAAUCUCAAUGACGACACGAGAUGCCUUCAAGAUUCCCUCACCAUGAUUCGUGCUGUACUUCAAGAUGCAGAGGAACAACAGACCAGGAGAGAACCUGUGAGGCCUUGGCUGAAGAAGCUCAGAGAUGUAGCUUAUGAGGGUGAUGCCGUGUUAAAUAAGUUACGGAUCGACGAUAUUCGACAAAUGGUUGAGAUGCUAGACCAAUCGGGAACAAAGGUGCAGAAGAUACUGUUGCAGACUUGUGUGCAGAAGUUGCAGAUCUGUUUUCAACUCUUGGGGCUUGUAAAAUUGUCUUAAAGUUUCACGCACACUUGAAGAUACUGUGGACUGCUAUUAUUAUAUCCAAAUUGCUUUUGCACUCGAUUAAACCCUCGUAUUGGAAAAAUCACUUCAUGUUUAUUGUUUCAGCGUUAAAUUUGCUUGCUUCAUUUCCACUCACUUUUUUGGUGAUUUCCUUCACAAGGUAGCUAUGGAGCUUCAUGAAGGGCAUGUUGGGAGAUAUUCUUCCAUAUAAUACUUCACGAGGUAAUUUGUAUAACUGGAUAACAAACUAAUAUGAGAAAAGAAAUUAAAAUUACUCCAUUCAUUCAAGGAGAUUAGGAUUACCAACGCGGAUACUUUAAAAUUCUUGUAUGCUUAUCAAUUCUGAUAAUCUUAAUAUUUAUUAGAGACUGCGAGAUGCAAGAUUAUGCCAGAUGCACAGCUGCAUUAUUUUCUCUGCAAAUUUUUGCUUUUAUUCAAGCCAAUUAGGAAAAGAAAAAAUUCAUUCAACUGUGUAGGAGUAAAAGUGUUUAAACAACUGGAAUUUCUAGUUUUAGCAGUAGGCAAGAAAGUUUGCAAGUUAAAAAGUUGGAAGAUAGAUAAAGCAACUGAUCUGAUUUUAUUUCAUUCAAAGUGCAGAAUUUAUAUAAGAAAAAAAAAUGACAAAUUACCUACUUUUAUGGUCUCUUACAACUGAAAUCAUAACAAAUGUAAUCUAAAAUCCAGCAAAAACCCGCAAAUCUUCGUACUUGAGAGAUUGCAGCAACAACCUUCAAAGACCAAGUCUUCAGUGAUUGGAACUUGGAAUGUCAACAUCUGAACACUCAUCCUUGACAUCUAGGUGACAAACACCUAUCUUUUGUUUAAGAACUUCAAAUCUUUCUUUUGGCAAUGGCUUGGUAAACAAAUCAGCAAAUUGAUCUUCAGAAGAACAAUGAACAAGCAACACUUCAUUGGAUUCUUGAACUUCUCUAAUAAAAUGAAACUUGAUCUUUAUAUGCUUUGUCCAACCAUGAAACACUGGAAUUUUUGAAAUUGAAACUGCAGAAAUGUUGUCAACCAUAACUUGAAUUGCCCCAACUUGUUUUUGCCCCAAAUCUUCCAAUAAUUUUCUUAACCG